AUGGGGACCUUGGCUAGGGAAAUGGCAAGGGCUCUACGGGAGGCCAUGGAGAUAUUGAGAGUCGAGCAAGUGGCUAGAACAAUUGAGGGAGAAACAAGAGCUUCCUUUUUGAAAAAAGAGUUCUUUCAAUCCAAUCCCUCCAAGUAUAACAGCGAGCCUGAUCCGAUGAAAGCUAACGAGUGGUUGGAGCAAUUGGUCAAGUCCUUUGAGAUCUUAGACAUUCCGGAAAAUGAAUUGCGGGUGGCAUUAGCGGCCUACCACUUGAAAGGGAAGGCCAGGCAAUGGCGGAAAUCCAUAAAGAAUAGGGUUGAACGUACUUGGGAAGUAUUUGCGCAAGCUUGCCAAGAUAAAUUCCUCCCUCCCGCGGCUAGGAAGCGGUUGAGGAAGCAGUUUGAGGAGUUAUUACAAUUAGAUACACCAGUGGCAGAGUUUGAAGCCAAAUUUACUAGCCUAUCACGUUUUGUACCUGAAUUAGUGGCAACAGAAGAACGAAGGUGCCUUGAAUUUGAGAAAAGGUUGAGACCAAAUAUCCUAAUGAAGGUGGUUGGCAAUAUGAUACGUGAUUAUGACCAUUUAGUUGAAACAGCAGCUCAUGCGGAAAUCACUGUAGAGGCCGAAGAGGCAAGACAGAGACUGAAGAGAGUAGGACAUUCUGAUGCUAGGGGUGACACGAGUUCUUCAAAGAGGUUGAGGGGUUCAUCAUCAUCCUUUUAA